AUGGCUCGUGGUAGUGGUACUAGUAAUAAUACUUCCACUAAUUCCAAUCCCAGUGGUGGCACAUCUUCUGGUUCUUCGAAUUCAGUCGAUGAUUCCAGAAGCCCCUAUUAUCUUAGCAAUGGUGAUCAUCCAAUAUUGAUCUUAGUCACUCACUCGCUGACCGGCUCUAAUUUCAAUUCUUGGUUGCGAGCUAUGGUCAUUGCUUUAACAGCGAAAAACAAAUCUCCCUUUGUUGAUGGCACUCUUCCUCGGCCUUCACCGGAUAAUCUCUUGUUCAAUGCCUGGAAUCGUUGCAAUUCAAUGGUGAUUUCAUGGCUUCUGAACUCUGUUUCAAAAGAUAUCGCUUAUAGUUUGAUGUACUUCAUCAAUGCCUAUGAUAUUUGGAACGAUAUUCGCAAUCAUUUUCAUCAGGCCAACGGUCCUCGCAUAUCUCAGCUGAAACUCCAAAUUUCCUCUCUGCAACAAGGUGCUCUCACCGUCAAUGGCUAUUAUACCCGUUUGAAGAUCUUAUAG